GACCAGUGUCCAAGAUCACCUGUAGGAGAGGAGGUGACGUGUCCGCGGCUGCACGGGGCGUUUCUAAAGCAGGUGUAUCAGUCCGCUGAGCUUAACUGUACAGAGGGGGGGGUUACAGCAGCCGAGAGAGCUCAGCCUUAACUUUAACUGUAACCGGGAGCUUUCGGGGUCGAAGUGCAGCAGAAACUACGCUCUCUGAUAUCGCUCUCUCUGAUAACGCUCUCUGAUAUCGCUCACUUUGUUCUGGCACUUGGGGAAGUUUCCCUCUCCGUCGGUCGUGUUUUAGGGGCCGUUUCCCGCGCUGAGGGUCUUCUGUGUUCCUGAAGAGGGUCGUGUUGUUUGAGGAGCAGCAGCAGCAGAUAACGGGAGUGUUUGAGGACUCGCUGAGGGAGAAGCGCUGUGUGUCUGAGCGGGGAGAGAGAGUUCAUACUGCUGAGGAAUGGAGCUCCGGACCCGGGGGAAACUUGGCACCCUGCUGCCAGCUUUCACAUUACUGUGCCUGCUCUCAGGUGUCUUUACCGAUCUUCAGCUGCCCCAGAAGAGCAUGGAGGUGAUCCAGGGACAGACGGUUGUCCUCCAGGCCACGUAUUCAGGAGCGGACAUCGCCCAGGGCACUGUCAUUUGGAACAAUGCAGACAAAUCUGAAACGAUCAUUUCCUAUAUAAAUGGUGAUGUAGCUGUUGGUCCAGUCUAUAAAGGCAGAGCGGGUUUUGACAAUGAAAUGCCCAACAACAACCUGGCAAUCUACAUUAAUAACACUGUGGAGUCGGAUUCGGGGCGUUAUACGUGCCAGGUUAUCCUGCCCACAAUCCCUGGACCCCCCAAGUCACUGACGCUUGAUGUAAAGGUCCCACCUGCCAUACCUGAGUGUUCACUGCAGGGGAAGCCAGUUCUCAAAGCUAAUGUCACUCUCUACUGCCACUCCAGCUCUGGGAAACCUGUACCCAAAUACAAGUGGGUUAAAACCAGCCCAACCACAGAAGUCUUCUUCUCCCCUAUGCUCAAUGAGACUGGGGGCACUCUGAAGCUCAACAACCUGAGCAGCAACAUGUCCGGGAAGUAUGAGUGCACCUCCUCCAACUCUGCCGGAGAGGGCAAGUGCUACAUCAACCUAGAGGUCAUCACCUCAACGAAUGCUGGGGUGAUUGCUGGUGCCACAGUGGGUGCAGUGGUGGGCUUUGUCCUCAUCGUCCUCUUCAUCAUUUUCUUGUGGACAAGAAGGCGAGACACAGAGGAAGAUCUGGCCAACGACAUCAAAGAAGACGCUCAGGCUCCCAAGCGCGUCUCCUGGGCCAAGAGUGGCACAGGCUCGGACAUCGUCUCUAAAAAUGGCACUCUGUCAUCCAUCAACUCCAGCCCUCACCUCCGAGACACCCACAACCAUUACCAGCACCACUACUCCCACUCCCACUCCCACCCCACCUCCGACACGGCCUCCAUCAUCACCGGCAGCACAGCAGGCUUCCGCCCCCGUCCAGUGGCCUCCACUGCCACCCCUGAGCACACUCUGCCCGGCUACAACACCAACCCCACCCUGCCCCUGCAGCAUCCAGCACCCCCCAGCUCCAACGGGGGCUCCCUGCCCAGGACUGAAGCAGCCCAGCCGCAGAUGCCCCGCCCGCCUCCCCUCCCGACCGGAGUCAGCAUCGCCAACAUCUCCCGCAUGGGGGGCGUGCCCAUCAUGGUGCCAGCGCAGAACCAAGCUGGCUCUCUGGUGUAGUUCUAGCUCUAGCCAAUCUGGUUUAACAGCACUACAGUGCCCCCUUCUGGACCCCACAGUGGAAAAAAGAAAAGAUGGAAAAAGAGACAGUAACUGAAUCGUGUCCAGUUUGACCCAACAGGUGGAUUCAACACAGUGGGGAGCUGGCUUUUAACUGCCUCUGCCCAAGAAUGUGCAGUAUGAUGUAACUUUCUUUACUGUAAUGAUGUUUUUUAUGUUUUUAUACUAUAUAUUAAGAAUUUAUGCAUACAUUCAUCCAAAAAAAAAAAAACUAACAUGUAACAUGUAAUCUUAAUUCUGUUAUUUAAUACAUUUACUAUAUACACUCGUUGUCAAAGAAAUAGUUGCAAAAAUAGCUGCAUCCAGAAGGAAGUGUCAAAAAAUGUUCUGAUAUAGGCAUUACUGAAUGUGUAACACAACCUACCAGACAGCUCUUGAGAAGGCAGCAGUAUGUGGACGAGCAUUGUCCUGUUCGAAUAGUGCACCAGAGUAUUAGUAGUGUUCAGAGAAUUUGGUGCCACUGGUUGCAGGACCUCUAUAACAUAAUGUUUGGCUGUCACUGUGCCUAAAAUGAAGACCAAAGGUUAUCUGGCAUCAUACGAAACAUCACCGCACACCAUGAUGACAUCAAGCCUUCUAAACAUGUUGAUUUUGGCACUAGCACUAACCACAGUGUCACCACAACGUGUCAUUUACUGGUUGUCAGGCUGUCAAACAGUAAUCACACUCGGAUGCGGACUAAAACAACCAUACCUUGUAGUAAAAAUGUGAUCCUGUCUUGAUCCAACCCAACUAUCAAUAAUACUCCUUCAAUUGAGCUAAACAGCUUUUCAGGUGCAGUUUAACCUGAUUAAUUACCCAGAUAAUUACUACAGCUAUGAACAAAUGCUUUUCUCUGCUGCUGCUCCAUGCUAAGCUGCUUUCACACGGAACGCUGUAUGUGCAGCGCUCACUGCGUAUGCGCACGCUGCUCGUUUACCACCACGUUUACUGCGCAGACAUCUGCGUUAGUGUUAAAGCAGCUUUACAUUGCACAUAUGCUACACAUGCUAAUCUGGAACACGGAACCUUCUUGCUGUAUUCACUUACCAGAAAGCUCUGACUAAUCAGAGUAGACACCAAGCUCACAUGGUUUGUUGGGGUGCAUUUUGUGCAUUUAUGUUUUUGCCUAUCCGGGUUAGAGAGAUGAACGACAGGUGUUUAAAAAAAAUGCCCUGAAGUGUCAUUCCAUUACAGUCUCGCACAGUUACUCAUCAACUUUCAUUCCUGUUGGUUCAUUCCUUCUGGGUGCAACUAUUUGUUGUUGUUGACGAGUGUAAUUAUGGUUUUUUUUUAUUAUUUAAUGAGUACUCCACAAAAGAUCCAAGAAAGUCUGAUAUUGCUGUUACUGAAUUUUGUUAUAGAUAAUACAUUUUUCACCUUUAGUUUAGAAUGAGUGUAUUAGAAUCAUUCUAUGAAAUGGGUGCCAUUUCCACACUUUUCUUUAAUCCGCAACAUAAUUGUCUUUUUUUUUUAUUCAGAAAUGAGUGCCAUAUUUGUAGUGAAAAUAUGAUGGCAGUUCUUUUUACAUGGGUAGAUUGCAAUUAACCGUUACUUUUAUAUUUUAUAAUAUUGACUAACAUAUGCACAAAAUAAUACUACGCAAAUGUGAACGUUGAUCAUUUUCUAAGUACUGGAAAAAUAGUAAACGUAUGUAUGUUAUUCUUUCUGAGUAAAGAAUAUGUCAUGUUAAAAAAAACUUAAACUUAAAAACAGUUUGUAUCACAUUUGUGGUUACUACAUUUCAUGAAACAUUGGGGACACAAAUAGCCACCAUUGCAUAGAAUGAUUCUUCUACUUGUUUUUUGUCGUCAUCACUGCAAACGCUGUGCUUUAAUAAUUUGUUGAAUUGAGCAUGAGGCCUCAUAUGCACAUUAUUUACUUUUUUACUUUUAUCUUAUGUUUUUAUAUUCAAAUUACAUCACUUGUGUGUAUAUAUAUAAGUAGUAGUCUUUUCAUUGCCUCAACAUAUAUUUGCCUUUAAAUGUUCUUUGGCCAAAGUACAUAGAAAAAAAAUACAUAUUAGUUUUUAGAAAUGUAGCUUUUGUCUUUAAAGUCUUUUUCUACAGAAUGUUUAGAAUGUAAAAAUUCAGCACAUCUGAGUAGUAAAGCAGAGAUAUAGAUCCCUAUUUUCAUUAGAAAACAACAGAUGAUAGUAUUGAUGUAAAGUAUGAUAUUAUUAUGGAUGAUGAAUUAUUAUAAUCUCUACUGUACCUGAAACUGUAAAUAAGAUAUUUAUUCUUAUUUCAUCUCAAUAGAUGUCUCUUCCCCUGCUUACAGUAUGAUUUAUUAGUUCAUGACUUACUUUUAUGUUACUUUUAUUUAAUGAUGAUGAAUUGGAUAUCAAACCAAAGAUUUGCUGUAUGGAUAUAUAUAUAUAUAUAUAUAUAUAUAUAUAUAUAUAUAUAUAUAUAUAUAUAUAUAUAUAAUAUUACUUAAUAAAUGGUGUAUUGUGUAGAUUGUGUCCAUUUACUUAUAACUACAUAUUUGGACCAGAAAAAUAGAACAGAAUGUGAUUACAGUGUGUUAUUAAGUAACAGUACAAGAAUACUGUAAGAUUCUCAUUAAUUAUAUUUGCCCAUUUGCAAUGUGCUUAUUUGAUGCCAGAAAACACUUUUUUUAUGAAAUUUUUCUUUACAAAAUGCUGAAUUACUCGUUACGUCUAUUUUUAAGUGUACUAAUUUGUUUUUUUUUUACUAUGUGAUAUUUAAUUGCAUGAAUUUGUUCCCACCUUGUUCUUUUUAUUAUUGAUAUUUUUUUGUUCUUUUUUCUGUGAGUUAUUAAGUUAAACUCAGAAGUUCGCUCCAGCAGGAUACACACUGUCUGUUUUAAAAUUUUGAAGUGAAUGUUGGACGAGCGCUUAUACGAGUACAUUCAUUACUGUAUAUGGCCAGCCGUACUGUGUGUUUCAGGCAGAACUCCCAAACAACAGAGCGUGUAUUGGCUUUUAUUAAAAGUGUUGUGGAGGAUCUCAGACUAUUAUGUAUAUGGGACAUUUGCUGUACAUGAAAACAGAAAAAAACACUUUGUAUGAAUAUUUGUAAUUAAAUGAGAGCUGGUGAGAAAAA